AUGCUGUGGGGUGCUAUGGCGUGCUGGCUGUGGGACUACCUGCGGCGCAGUGGAGCCUCGGGCUUCCUGCUGCCGCUGUCGGGCGGUGCUGACAGCUCAUCCGUGGCUGUCUUUGUGGGCUGCAUGUGCCAGCUGGUUGCUAAAGGUGUGAUGCAGUGCUAUGGGCCCCUCCAUGGCUGCCAUUCAUAUUCACGCACGUCCCUUCUCUCAGCCCUACGUUACCUGCUCACAGCGAUUGCGGAGGGCAACGAGCAGGUGCGGCAGGACGCAGAGCGAAUCACGGGGCUACAGCUGGCGGCAGGGGAGACUGCAGAGGAGCAGAAGCAGCAUGUUGCCAGGCUGGCAGACCGCAUCCUGCACACCAUCUACAUGGGCACAGAGAAUAGCUCCCAGGCCACACGAUUAAGAGCGAAGCAGCUGGCAUCGGAGAUAGGAGCAUGGCACUUAGACACGAGCAUUGACUCCGUGGUGGCUGCUGUGGUCGCCCUCUUCCUCACUGUCACCGGCCUACGCCCGCGCUACAAGGUGGGUGGUAGAGGAGUGAAAAAGGGGGUGGUAAAAAGUGUGUAA